AUGUCUCUCUCUUUCCCUGUCUCUUUUCCAUCUUGUCCAUUCCUUUUUUUUUUCAUUCUUUCUCUCCUCUGUGACUUUCCAUCUUAUCUCUCUCCUUCCAUCUUGUCCAUUCCUUUCUCUUCAAUUCUUGCCUCUUUCUUCUCACUGUCUCUUUCAUUCAUGUCUCUCUCUUUCCCUGUCUCUUUCCAUCUUGUCCAUUCCUUUUUCUUUCAUUCUUGUCUCUCUCUCCUCUCUGUGACUUUCCAUCUUAUCUCUCUCCUUCCAUCUUGUCCGUUCAUUUCUCUUCAAUUCUUGCCUCUUUCUUCUCACUGUAUCUUUCAUUCAUGUCUCUCUUUUCCUGUCUCUUUCCAUCUUGUCCAUUCCUUUCUCUUUCAUUCUUGUCUCUCUCUCCCUCUCUGUGACUUUCCAUCUUAUCUCUCCUUCCAUCUUGUCCAUUCUUUUCUCUUCAAUUCUUCCUCUUUCUUCUCACUGUCUCUUUCAUUCAUGUCUCUCUCUUUCCCUGUCUCUUUCCAUCUUGUUCAUUCCUUUCUCUUUCAUUCUUGCCUCCUUCUCUUCUCUGUCUCAUUCUUGACUCUCUCUCUUUCCCUGUCUCUUUCUAUCUUGUCCAUUCCGUUCUCUUUCAUUCUUGUCUCUCUCUCCUCUCUGUGA